UUCAUUGUAAGCAUCAACCACAGAAUCGCCGACUACGCGUGCAGCAAUUUCAAGAUGAGUGAUCCCGAGAUCAAGCAGCUGACUGACCAGUUACAUCUGAUCCCGCACCCCGAGGGGGGAGCAUUCCGGGAGAUGUGGAGAGGGGAAAGAAUGGUCACUUUCACAGAGGAAACAGCUCAUGGCGGCCCUCGUAACGUCGGCACCAACAUCUACUACAUGCUGAAAGCCCCCAACUUCAUCUCCUGGCACAAGGUGCUGUCAGACGAGUUCUUCUACUGGCAUGCAGGGGGCACCGCCAAGGUACACUUCCUGGACAAGGAUGGCAAGCACAGCUGUGUGCUGCUCGGCGAUGUAUUGAAGAACCCAGAGUGCGCCUACCAAGUUCUGGUCCCUCACGAGAUGUGGUACGCCUGUGAGCUGGUGGACCGCGAGUAUGUCUUGUACAGCGCUACUGUCAUGCCAGGAUUCGAGUUCAAAGACUGGUUAGAAGGGAAACAGUCUGAGAUGAUUCAACAGUUUCCCCAGCAUGAAGACCUGAUCACCCGACUCACUAAACACUGAUUCAACAAUUCCCGCAGCAUGAAGACCUGAUCACUCGACUCACUAAACACUGAUUCAACAGUUUCCACAGCAUGAUGACUUGAUCACUCGACUCACUAAACACUGAUUCAACAGUUUCCACAGCAUGAUGACUUGAUCACUCGACUCACUAAACACUGAUUCAACAGUUUCCACAGCAUGACGACUUGAUCACCCAACUCACUAAACACUGAUUCAACAGUGCCCGCAGAAUGAAGACCUGCGCUGUGAUCUAAUAAUUAAGUGCCCCCUCAGCAACUACUAGAUCAACCCGUAGAUAAUCUUUAAAGCAACCCCUACUAAGACUGAACAUUUACAUACCAGUUUCAUUAUCGUGUGAACGAAGUUUGUUCUGUAUCCCAUGAUCCCUGGCAACAAAUUGACCUUCAUGUGUAUGGUUGUAAUAAGCACCCCUUUGUCAACCCCCGGAGCACCAGGGUGCUUAUUAGGUAGACUACAGUAUACAGGAAGUGACAUGGCAUGUGCUGUAUCUCACGCCAUACACUCAACACGCUCUACUAACACAGGGAUUCUUCACAACACUUCAUUGUUUGUCCUCAGCAUCUCAACUAAAGUUUACUCCCAACACCCAGGCAGGACAGUGACUCCUAAACGUAACGAGUCUGUCUUGUAGUUGCAGGCCCCAAUUUGUAACCACAUGCUAGGGAAGAUAAUCAUUAUGAUUGUUCUCAGAUUGACUUCACUCUGUGUCUUUGCCAUUUACUGCUGUAUAAUCACAAGGUGUCUGGUGUACUAUUUUCCAUGACUCUGAUUGGCUGUCAUGGCAUCAAAAUUGAAUUUUAUUUUUCGUUAACUGCAGAAAAACGAAGAGUGACGGAAAUAAUUUUCAGAGGUGUGUUUUACGCCAUUUUGUACCAUUUGUGAUUGUUAUUCUUCAAUGAAAGCAAAUAAAUUCACCCUAUGAUGGGUCGUAGCAUGCUGAGUUCAAGAUUAAAGGGUCUAAGCGAUUUAUGCAUGGGUAUUCGCAGGCGUUUGCCACUGAAGUGGUCCAUCAGUGUUUACGUCAUUUCAAGAAUACAGUCUUGUAAACAACGUAUGAACGUCAAAAUGUGUCAUUCAUACACUCGAAUAUAAGCGUCAGUUUCACGGUCAUAUGAACUUCACAAUAAAAAAUGAUAGAUUAUUGAACAACGAGGUCAGAACAUAGUGCUGAAAGGUGUUCCUGUUUUCAGGGUAUACUUGUGAUGUGUAUUUUCACUGAUGUAUGUGUUCACUUUGGAAUAUUCCGUGAUUUUUAAUGUUCCAUACGUAUAACAUGAAUUUGAAUAGCUCAUCAAAUUUAGAAUAUAUAUAUUGCGAUACUGUCAAGUACUAUACUAUUAUAUACAUUACCUAUUUUCAGAAUAAACUAUUACCAAAUGUUA